GCGCGUUCUGCCUGAUACUCACCGUGUAUAAUGCAAUUUGAUGUCUAAACGGAAAGGAGCUAAAGGCAAGGCAAGCCAAUCGAAGGAUGCGAUAGCGUUGGCUGAGAUAGAGCAAGUAUUUCAGGACUUUGAUCCUGGUGAGACGGGAAUACUGGAGCGUGAAAGUGCCAUUGAAGCAAUCGAUGUGCUUGGUGCUCCAGGAGGGAAAAAGCUGGUCGAAUUGAUGGACCCUGAAAACAAUGGGUUUAUUACGUAUGAGAACUUUUCAGAUAUUGCUCUGCGUGCUCUGAGGGAUCAAGGUAUGGAUGAUACCGUGCAACAGGCUUUCGAUUUGUUCGAUAAGGAGCACAAUGGCCAGUUCACUUUUGAAGCCUUCAAAAAGGUUGCAGGGACAGUGGGUGAAGACUGGAGUAUGACAGAAUUAAGAGAAAUGUUUGACAUCGCGGACAAAAAUCAAGAUGGGUUCAUUGACCAGAGUGAGUUCAUGGAUGUCAUGGAGAAAGUUGGACUUUCUUAGACCAUCCAGCGGAAGAUAUGAUUUAUAGAUUACAAUUUUACAACUUCAACAACUUUACUCUAUUCUGAAGUCCAAGCUUUUCAAACUUUUCAAUGGCAUCGUUGACGUCAAUAAUAUUAUCUAUUGUGUUAUCGAUUAGAUCGUUGAUUUGCCAAUGAUAUAUUUUAAAAGUAAAGAAUAAACUUACCAGCAUUUGCAAGCUCAGGGUAAUGGGUCAUCAAA